AAAUUUCGAUAUUACAAUAUUCCCUCGGUUGGAUGGUAUUCAUAUUAAUUUUGUCAUGCAGAUUGACCUGGUGGGAGGAUACUACGACGCAGGGGACAACGUGAAAUUCGGGUUUCCGAUGGCGUAUACGGUGACGAUGCUUGCAUGGAGUGUGGUGGAAUUCGGGAAUAAUUUGAAGGCGAGAAAUGAGUAUUGGAACGCUUUGAAAGCCGUAAAAUGGGGAACUGAUUAUAUGAUGAAGGCCCAUCCAGAGCCUAAUGUAUUGUACGGUGAAGUUGGGGAUGGGGGCUCAGAUCAUGCUUGCUGGCAGAGGCCUGAAGAUAUGACUACGCCGAGGACUGUUUACAAGAUUGAUGACCAUAAUCCCGGAGCCGACCUUGCCGGUGAAACUGCCGCUGCUUUUGCGGCCGCCUCUAUUGCUUUCAAGAAGUCAAGCCCUGCUUAUUCGGCCCAACUUCUCAUCCAUGCAAAACAGUUAUUUGAAUUUGCGUCAAGACAAGGUGGUCAGUACCAAAACAGCAUUUCAGUGGCCGUAUAUAUAUAUAGUGUUUUUGUGUGGCAGGAUGAACUUUUGUGGGCAGCUGCAUGGCUACAAAGAGCUACUAACGACAACACUUACCUGGAAUUCAUCAAUAGGUCUUCAAAUUCAGGUGGCACAAGAACUAUGUUUUCUUGGGAUGACAAAUUUGUUGGCGCUCAAGUCCUAAUUGCAAAGAGAAUCCUAGAGGGGAAGUUUUCCGAAAAUGGAAACUUGGGUCAAAUGAAGAACUUCGCAGAGCAAUAUAUUUGCAAUUGCAUACAGAAAGGAUAUAGCAAUGUUCAGAGGACGAGCGGCGGGCUUCUGUGGUUUCUCCAAUGGAGUAAUCUUCAGUACGUCACGAGCGCAUCAUUCAUCAUCACAGCCUAUGCCGAUUAUCUAUCUAAAACACACAAAAACAUCCAAUGCGCCAGCGGGAUAGUCGGACCGAAUGACCUAAUGGCUUUUGCCAAAUCUCAAGUGGAUUACAUGUUAGGUUCAAACCCGAAGAAUAUGAGUUAUAUGGUUGGAUUCGGGUCAAACUAUCCGAAACAGGUUCACCACAGAGGAGCAUCAAUUGUGUCGAUAAAGAAAGACUCGAGGCCAAUGAGUUGCCAAGAAGGUUUCGAAGAGUGGUUCCAUAACAACCAAGAAAACCCUAAUGUGCUGACCGGUGCAAUAGUCGGUGGGCCCGAUCGGAGUGAUCAGUACACAGACGCUAGAGAUAAUUACCAGCAGGCUGAGCCUUCUACCGCGAAUAAUGCGCCUCUUGUUGGGGUUUUAGCUAGGCUUGCAGCUUGAUGCCAAAACUGUUCUUCAAUUCUUAAUUUUU